UGACCUGCCUGUGGAUUGCAGAUGGGAAGUCUUGUGGGGUCAGAGCUGAGAACAUGUUAUAUAAUAUGAAGACUUCCACCUUUCCACAGGUCGAACUCCACGUCCACUUGGAUGGCAGCUUCAAGCCAGAGACGAUCCUCCAUUUUGCAAAAAAAAGACAGAUCCAACUUCCAGCAGACACGGUAGAAGACCUCCUGAAAAUCAUAUCAUAUGAAGAACCUCUCAGUCUUACAGAAUUCCUGGCCAAAUUCAACCAUUACAUGCCUGCCAUUGCGGGGGACAGAGAGGCGAUCAAGCGAGUGGCCUAUGAAUUUGUAGAGAUGAAAGCCAAAGAAGGGGUGGUGUACGUGGAGGUCAGAUACAGCCCCCACUUCCUUGCCAAUUCCAAGGUGGACCCCAUCCCGUGGGGACAGGAAGAGGGUGACGUCACACCUGACGAUGUGGUGAACCUCGUGAACCAAGGGCUGCGGGAAGGGGAGAAGAAAUUCAACAUCAAAGCCAGGUCUAUCCUAUGCUGCAUGCGGCAUAUGCCAAACUGGUCGUUGGAAGUGGUGGAGCUCUGUAAGAAAUAUCACAACAACACGGUUGUGGCCAUUGACCUGGCUGGCGAUGAAUCCCUGAAUUGCGAGGCGGCUCCCGGACAUCGGCAGGCCUAUGAGGAAGCGGUACGAUGUGGGAUACACAGAACAGUCCACGCCGGAGAAGUGGGCCCGCCAAGUGUCGUCAAGGAGGCAGUGGAUGUGCUGAAAGCAGAAAGAAUUGGACAUGGAUAUCACACUGUUGAAGAUCCCACCUUAUACAGGGAGCUGCUGAACCGUAACAUGCACUUUGAGACAUGCCCAUGGUCCAGUUACCUCACAGGUGCUUGUGAUCCCGAUUUUACCAAACAUCCUGUAAUACAAUUUAAGAAAGACAAAGCCAACUACUCUCUGAACACGGACGACCCUCUGAUCUUUAGAUCUACGCUGGACGUGGAUUAUAACCUUGCAACAAAACAUAUGAGCUUCACACAGGAAGAGUUUAAGCGAGUGAAUAUUAAUGCAGCCCGAUCCAGCUUCCUACCGAAGAAAGAGAAGGAGGAGCUCCUGGACAUGCUGCAUGAGGCCUAUGGCAUGGUGCUCUCCACGGCUCUCUGAAGGUGAUGCCGCAUCACACCACAGACUGAAUGGGCUAGCCCAGCCGUGGCCAUCUUCUUAUCCACAGAGACCCCUUUUAGGCUGGAUUCACACCUAUUCAUUUUUCGUGCUUUUUUGCACUACAGAACGUGUUCCAUAGUAAACCAUGUUAAAUGGACUGUAGUGCAAAAAAAGCACUAAAAAUGAAUAGGUGUGAAUCCAACCUUAAGGAUAUCUGUAAUGCAAGCCAUGGCAGAUAUCCUUAAAACAUGGCCGCCGAGUGGGAAUACGUUAAACUGAAGAGGAGCUCUCAGAAAGACGGGUCUUCCUAAAUAUACUCCAAAUGUAUUUCAAUCAGGUUUUUUGCUAUUUCACUACAGCCUUAUCGUAACCAUCAAUAUGCAUAACUCAAUUGUCAGACACACCUGAUGCUUUCUCGUAGAUGGGUCAGACAAGGUCAGGAUAUUCUUAAAGGUGAUCAUUUAUAAUUCA